GCGGGGAUCAAGAGUUUGGAGUCUCUGGCUGACAGCAGCGCAGCGCCGUUGAGCCUGGGCACGUCCCAGGAUUGUCUUCCGCCAUGUUUCACUUGAUAAAAAAGGACAGAGAUGGGUCCCGCAGGGAGAAGAAAGAGAAGAAGGAGAAGAAGGAGCGGAUGUCGGCUGCCGAGCUGAAGAGCCUGGAGGAGAUGAGCAUGCGACGGGGCUUCUUCAACCUCAACCGCUCCUCCAAGCGGGACUCGAAGAGCCGGCUGGAGAUCUCCAACCCGAUCCCCAUCAAGGUGGCGAGCGGCUCUGACCUCCAUCUGACUGACAUUGAUUCGGACAGCAACCGGGGGAGCGUGAUCCUGGAUUCCGGGCCCCUCAGCACGGCCAGCUCCAGCGAUGACCUCAAGGUGGACGACGGCACCUUCAAAGGCUCCGUGCUCCAGCGAGCCGCCAAGUUCGGCUCGCUGGCCAAGCAGAACUCCCAGAUGAUCGUCAAGAGGUUCUCCUUCUCACAGAAGAGCCGUGACGAAAGCGCCUCGGAGACCUCCACGCCGUCUGAGCACUCGGCCGCCCCUUCCCCGCAGGUGGAAACGCGGAUGCUGGAGGUCCAGCUGGCCAAACAAGGCCUGACGCCAGGACCUCCGUGCGUCCCUUCGGCAUCUGCCUCACGAACCCGGCUGCCCGAGGUGGUCAGCAAGAGGUUCCCUGCCGAGCUGAAGCUCCCUGUGGUGGUGCCCCCUCAGCCCCCCGUCCCCAGGCAGCUGGAGCUGCAGCGGCGUAACACGGGCGACUUCGGCUUCUCACUGCGCCGUACCACCAUGUUGGACAGGGCCUCUGAUGGGCAGGUGUACCGGCGUGUAGUGCAUUUUGCCGAGCCCGGUGCUGGGACCAAAGACCUGGUGCUUGGCUUGGUGCCGGGUGACCGGCUGGUUGAGAUCAAUGGGCGGAAUGUGGAAAAUAAGUCCCGGGACGAGAUUGUGGAGAUGAUCCGGCAGUCGGGCGAGAUGGUGCGCCUGAAAGUGCAACCCAUCUUGGAGCUAAGCGAGCUGAGCCACUGCUGGCUGAGGAGUGGGGAAGGCCUCCACCAAGCAGCCUUUGAUGCCAAGACGGAGGAACAAAUAGCCGCCGAAGAGGCCUGGUAUGAGACGGAUAAAACAUGGCUGGUUCACAAGGAUGGCUUCUCCCUAGCAAGCCAGCUAAAGACUGAUGCUGCUGGUCUUCUACCUGAGGGGAAGGUCAAGGUGAAACUGGACUAUGAUGGGGCUGUGCUGGAAGUGGACGAAGACGAUGUGGAAAAGGCCAAUCCUCCAUCAUGCGACCGCGUGGAGGACCUGGCCAGCCUCGUCUACCUCAACGAGUCAAGCGUCCUGCACACGCUGCGCCAGCGUUACGGGGGUAACCUCAUCCACACGUACGCUGGGCCCAACAUGGUGGUCAUCAAUCCUCUCAGCUCUCCAUCCAUGUACUCGGAGAAGGUGAUGCACAUGUUCAAGGGGUGCCGCAAAGAGGACACCUCCCCCCAUGUCUACGCCGUGGCCCAGGCUGCCUACCGGAGCAUGCUGAUGAGCCGGCAGGACCAGUCCAUCGUCCUGCUGGGCGGCAGUGGCAGCGGCAAGACCACCAACUGCCAGCACUUGGUGCAGUACUUAGCCACGGUGGCCGGCAGCUCUGGGAAGGUCUUCUCCGUGGAGAAGUGGCAGGCGCUGUACACCAUCCUGGAGGCCUUUGGCAACAGUGGCACGAGCUUGAACGGCAACGCCACACGCUACUCUCAGAUAAUCUCGCUGGACUUCGACCAGGCUGGGCAGGUGGCGUCCGCCUCAGUGCAGACGAUGCUGCUGGAGAAACUCAGGGUGGCCAAGCGCCCUGCAAACGAGGCUACGUUCAACGUCUUCUACUACCUGCUGGCCUGUCCAGACAAUGCUCUCCGGACGGAGCUGCAUUUCAACCACCUGGCUGAAAACAACAUCUUUGGGAUUGUGCCUCUGUCCAAGCCGGAGGAGAAGCAGAAGGCGGCACAGCAGUUCAGCAAGCUCCAAGCGGCUAUGAAAGUGAUGGGCAUUUCUGGGGAGGAGCAGAAGGCCUUCUGGCUUGUCUUGGGGGCCGUUUAUCACUUGGGGGCGGCAGGAGCCACCAAGGCGGGGAGGAAGCAAUUUGCUCGCCACGAGUGGGCUCAGAAGGCCGCCUACCUGCUGGGCUGCACCUUAGAGGAGCUCUCCUCGUCCAUCUUCAAGCACCAUCCGAAAGGGACGCUGCAAAGAUCCACCUCCUUCCGCCAGGGACCGGAGGAAGCCGCACUGGCGGAUGGCUCAGGCCCAAAGACCUCGGCUCUGGAGUGCUUGGAGGCCCUCGCGUCGGGCUUGUACUCAGAGCUCUUCACGCUGCUCAUCUCGCUGCUCAACAGGGCUCUCAAGUCUAGCCAGCGCUCCUUGUGUUCCAUGAUGAUUGUGGACACACCUGGCUUCCAGAACCCCGAGAUGGCCGGCCAGAGCCGCGGGGCCACAUUCGAGGAGCUCUGCCACAACUACGCCCAGGAGCGCCUGCAGACGCUCUUCCACGAGCGCACUUUCGUGCAGGAGCUGGAGCGGUACAAGGAGGAAAACAUAGAACUUUCCUUAGAUGCCUUAGAGCCUAAUACAUCUGGCUCUGUAGCCACAGUAGACCAAGCGUCCCACCAGGCACUGGUCCGCUCUCUCGCCCGGACCGACGAGGCCCGAGGGCUGCUGUGGCUGCUGGAGGAGGAGUCCCUUCAGCCGGGAGGCAACGAGGACACCCUGCUGGAAAGACUCUUCACCUACUACGGGCCGCAGGACGGGGACAAGAAAGGCCACAACCCCCUGCUCCGGAGCAGCAAGCCCCGGCACUUCUUCCUGGGCCACAGCUACGGCACAAACUGGGUGGAGUACGACACCACGGGCUGGUUGAGUUACGUCCGGCAGAACCCUGCCUCCCAGAACACCUUGGCUCUCCUGCAGGAAUCCCAGAAGAAAAUAAUCAGCAGCCUCUUUGCGGGCCGAGCCGGGACCGCCAUGGUGCUGUCCGGAUCCAUCGCUGGCCUGGAGGGGGGCUCCCAGCUCGCCCUGCGCAGGGCCACCAGCAUGCGGAAGACCUUCACCACAGGGGUGGCAGCGGUGAAGAAGAAGUCGACGUGCAUCCAGAUCAAACUGCAAGUGGACGCGCUCAUCGACACCCUCAAGAAGUCAAAGCUCCACUUUGUGCACUGCUUCCUGCCCAAGGCAGAUGGCUGGAGUGGGGACCCCCGGGGGCCGUGCGCCCGGCGGGUGAGCACCAGUGAACUGGACCUGCACGGCGAACACUGCGAGGCCGGCCUCAUGCAGCUGGACGUCCCCCUGCUGAGGGCCCAGAUCCGGGGCUCCCGUCUCCUCGAUGCCCUUCGGAUGUACCGCCAAGGUUACCCUGAUCACAUGGUCUUUGCGGAAUUCCGGCGCCGCUUCGACGUCCUGGCCCCUCACCUGACCAAGAAGCACGGGCGCAACUACAUUGUCACAGACGAGAGGCGGGCCGUGGAGGAGCUCCUGGAAUCGCUGGAACUGGAGAAGAGCAGCCACCACAUGGGCGUGAGCCGGGUGUUUUUCCGGGCAGGGACCCUGGCCAAGCUGGAGGAGCAGCGUGACAAGCAGACGAGCAGGAACAUUACGCUUUUCCAGGCCGCCUGCCGGGGUUUCCUUGCGCGCCAGCAGUUCAAGAAGAGAAAGAUUCAGGACUUGGCGAUCCGUUGCGUGCAGAAGAACAUCAAGAAGAACAAGGGGGUGAAAGGCUGGCCCUGGUGGAAACUCUUCACCACCGUCAGGCCGCUCAUCGAAGUCCAGCUGACCGAGGACCAGAUCCGGGGCAAAGAUGAGGAGAUCCAGCAGCUGAAAAGCCGGCUCGAGAAAGUGGAGAAGGAGAGGAACGAACUGCGUCUGAGCAGCGACCGCUUGGAGAAUAAGAUUUCAGAGUUGACGUCGGAGCUGACCGACGAGAGGAACACGGGAGAAUCGGCGUCCCAGCUCCUGGACGCCGAGACUGCAGAGCGGCUGCGAGCAGAGAAAGAGAUGAAAGACCUGCAGGCCAAGUACGAUGCACUCAAAAAGCAGAUGGACUCCAUGGAGAUGGAGGUGAUGGAGGCCCGUCUCAUCCGGGCCGCUGAGCUCAAUGGCGAGAUGGACGACGACGACUCCGGUGGCGAGUGGCGCCUGAAGUACGAGCGCGCCAUCCGCGAGAUCGAUUUCACCAAGCAGCGCCUGCAGCAGGAGUUUGAGGACAAGCUGGAGGUGGAGCAGCAGGGCAAGAGGCAGCAGGAGCGACGGCUGACUGACUUGCAGGCCGACAGCGAGGAGAGCCAGCGCGCGCUGCAGGCGCUGAAGAAGAAGUGCCAGCGUCUGACGGCCGAGCUGCAGGACACCAAGCUGCACCUGGAAGGACAGCAGGGGCGCAGCCAUGAGCUGGAGAAGAAGCAGCGCAGGUUUGACAGCGAGCUCUCACAAGCCCACGAGGAGGCCCAGCGCGAGAAGCUGGGGCGGGAGAAGCUGGGGCGGGAGAAGGAUGUGCUCCUCACUGAGGUCUUCAGCCUGAAGCAGCAGCUCGAGGAGAAAGACUCCAACAUCGCGACCCUCACACAGAAGGUGGACUCCCUGGAGGCCGAGCUGCAGGACCUCUCCUGCCAGGAGUCCAAAGACGAGGCGUCCCUCGCCAAAGUCAGGAAGCAGCUCCGGGACUUGGAGGCGAAGGCCAAGGACCAGGAGGAGGAGCUGGAUGAGCAGGCGGGCACCAUCCAGAUGUUGGAGCAGGCCAAGCUCCGGCUAGAGAUGGAGAUGGAGAGGCUGCGGCAGACGCACUCCAAGGAGGUGGAGAGCCGAGACGAGGAGGUGGAGGAGAUCCGGCAGUCAUGCCAGAAGAAGCUGAAGCAGCUGGAGAUGCAGCUGGAGGAGGAGUACGAGGAGAAGCAGAAGGUGCUGCGUGAGAAGCGGGACCUGGAGGGGAAACUGGCGGCUGUCAGCGACCAGGUCAACCAGCGGGACUUUGAGACGGAGAAACGGCUGCGGAAGGACCUGAAGCGCACGAAAGCCCUCCUGGCCGACGCGCAAGUCAUGCUGGACCACCUGAAGAUCAACGCCCCCAGCAAGCGGGAGAUUGCCCAGCUGAAGAAUCAGCUGGAAGAAUCGGAGUUCACGUGUGCGGCCGCCGUCAAAGCUCGCAAGUCCAUGGAGGUGGAAAUUGAGGACCUACAUCUGCAGAUCGAUGACCUUUCCAAAGCCAAGGGAGGGCUGGAGGAACAGCUGAGCCGUUUGCAGCGGGAGAAAAAUGAGGUGCAGAGCCGGCUGGAGGAGGACCAAGAAGACAUGAACGAGCUCAUGAAGAAGCACAAGGCCGCGGUCGCUCAGGCCUCCCGGGACCUGGCCCAGAUCAACGACCUGCAGUCGCAGCUGGAAGACGGCAAUAAGGAGAAGCAGGAGCUCCAGGAGAAGCUGCAAGGCCUGCAGAGCCAGCUGGAAUUCCUCGAGCAAUCCAUGGUGGAUAAGUCUCUGGUCAGCAGGCAGGAGGCCAAGAUCCGCGAGCUGGAGACGCGGCUGGAGUUCGAGAGGACGCAAGUCAAGCGCCUUGAGAGUUUGGCCACCCGCUUGAAGGAGAACAUGGAGAAGCUGAUGGAAGAGCGCGACCAGCGCACGGCGGCCGAGAAUCGGGAGAAGGAGCAGAACAAGCGGCUGCAGCGCCAGUUGCGCGACACGAAAGAGGAGACGGCCGAGCUGGCCAAGAAGGAGGCCGAGGCCAGCCGGAAGAAGCACGAGCUGGAGAUGGACCUGGAGAGCUUAGAAGCUGCCAACCAGAGCUUGCAGUCGGAUCUGAAGCUGGCCUUCAAGCGGAUCGGGGACCUGCAGGCUGCCAUCGAGGACGAGAUGGAGAGCGACGAUAACGAGGACCUCAUCAACAGUUUGCAGGACAUGGUGACAAAGUACCAGAAGCGAAGGAAUAAGCUCGAGGGUGAUUCAGACGCCGAUUCGGAGCUGGAAGACCGAGUGGACGGCGUGAAGUCGUGGCUGUCCAAGAACAAAGCCUCUUCCAAGACGGUCUCCGAAGACGGCAGCUUGAAGAGCAGCAGGCCCAGCCUGAACGCGGGGGCCAAGGAGGCGGACGAGAGGCCCGCGUCGGUCAUGAGCUCCCUGAGCUACAGGAAGCGGGCCAACCUCAAGGAUUCCAUAGGGGGCAAAGGGGACGAGGAGACCCUCUUCUCCACUCUGAGCGAGCGCCCGGCCUCCCCCGACCGCUCCUUCCGCAAGGCCAAGCGCGACUCGGUCGCUGGCGGUUUGGACGACAGCAGCAGCUCCGUGGCCUCGUGGAAGAAGCCUGCAGGAGGGUUGGAUGACCCCGACGAGAGGGGCUCGGUCCUCUCUCAGCCCUUCUCCGAGACUGGCAGCCGCCUGCUGAAGGGGCUGGAGAAACGCUGGUCCAUCUCCGCAGCCGAGUUCGAUAAGUCCUCGGUCCUUUCUGCCCCCGUUAGUCUCGGAGGAGCCUCCUGGUGCGGCCGGGAAGAGGACGCCAGGUCGAACCUCAGCUUCGCGCUCUCCAGCCCGGGCAGCUUGCGCCGGAGCACCUCCCGCCUGGACGACUUGAGCCCGUCCUACGGCCGCCCGGGCUCCCACGUCUCCUUGGGCCGCUCUCCGCCGGACGAUGCCGCCAGCGUGGCCUUGAGCGACUCCCGCUCCCUCUACAGCCAGCACGCGCUGUCCCGCAGCCUCUCGGUGCCCCCUCGGCCUCGGACCUCCGCCUCCGACGAGCUGCAGCUGGACGACCCCGACAUCCGGCCCGUCGGCCACCGCAGCUACCUCGACCCGGCCCUGGAGGCGGCCAUCAAUGAGGUGCUGAGCUACAAGCCGGUGAAGUUCAAGCGCUCCAGCCUGGAUCCCGACUCGGACGACGACGACCGGAAGAGCAUCCGGAGCUCCAAGAGCGCCGCCCUGAUGGAGACAUCCGAGCGCCCGGCCAGCGGCCUGCGCAGGUCGGCGUCCGCCUUGGAUUUCUCCAGGCCCCAGAGCGCGAAGGGCAAGAGCCGGCGGAGGAGCCGCAGCUCCUCCAGCGACUCUUCCUCCUCCUCCUCCUCCUCCUCUUCUCCGGAGCGGUCGAGGAAGAGCUCCCGGAAGCAUGCCAAGAAGUCCAAGAAGAAGUCCAAAAAGAAGAAGCAGCAGCGGUCACGCUCCGGCUCCUCGGAGUCCUCUUCUGACACGUCGUCGGGCUCCACCGUCUCCUACCGCAGCAACUCCAGCGUCAAGAAGGGCCCCAAGCGGGGGGGCCCGCUCUCAGAAGAAGAGGGUGCCGGCACCCCCAAGGAGGGGGCGGAGGCCGGGAAGUCGGGGAAGCAGUCGAAGAAAGCCGAGAAGCAGCGCAAGAAGCAGGUGGACAGCCUGAUGAUGAAGUACCUGUACCGGCCGGAGAGCGACUAAGGCAGGUGGCAUGGAGUGAGCACCGUGUGCCCGACUAACCUCUAACCAGGGCUGAGGAGGGGGGCGGGCAGGCAGGGGGCUCGUGACUGGAAUGGUGCUUACCCGGGAUGGACGGCACUUUCCUGCAUGGUGGCGACAGAAGGAUGACUCGAGUCGCCCGGAAGCAUGACUCGUGUGUCGUACAAUCACUAAUCCCGUCCUCCUGGGCGCGUCGUUGUUGGCAGGCGGAGACCAUUCCGUCUCGCUGGCAGGGCUUCCGAAGCCUGGGGGUAACUGCAUGGAACCUGUGUGGCGAAGGGGGCAGGUUUUGAACCCAGGCUUCUCUCUUUGUGGUGGGAGCUGAGCUGAGCUGCCCGCACGUGUAACGGCGACUCUGCCGUUUGCACCGUGCCUAGCUUGCGGCUUCCUCCAAGGCAAGGGGAUGCAAGCUGAUGGGAAUCGGAGGGGCCGUGGCGCAUGGGCCUUGUCCCGCUUCCUUUCUCCGCCGCCGGCGUCUCCCUAAGAAGAGCCCUGCUGGAUCAGACCAACGGCCUAUCUCCUCCAGCGUUACGUUCCCUCGUUCCCGCAAGGAUUAGCCAUGGAAGGGAACGGGACACGGAGAAGCCUUAAUCCUCUUCCACAGCCUUUCGAGAAUUGCCUGUAUUUGCUUCUCGCACAGUCAAUGGGCCUCCGUGCGCCUCUCUGCGUCUCCAGCACCGCCCUGACCGGGAGAUUAGUGCCUGUGAGGCAGACAAACCCGCGAGGCUGUUUGCGCUCCUGUGUUGGUUCUAAAAACCGGGGGGCCACAGGCCAGCCUUGGAAAGAGCGCCCUUCCUUCCACGUGCGUCCCUCCCUCCUGUCUCCUUCGGAAGAAGCUCUAAAGGUUGCAGCCUUUUUGGUUGCUCUGAGAGGGAAGGACCCUGGUUCAGUGUUGGAGGACUGGCUUUGCAUGCAAAGGCCCCAGGUUCGACCCCCAACGUAUCCAGGUAGGGAUGGAAGAACUCCUGCCUGAAACCCCGGGGGAGCCAUGGCGGCGGCGGCGGGCGGCCGGCCAGUGCCGACAACACUGGGCCAGAUGGACAACUUCCUGUGCUUCUGAGCUUUUCAAGUUUUAUUUUCUUUUAUUUAUUAAAACAUUUGUAUCCUGUCCUA